GUUCGCGUCACAAAUUUUGCUAGAUUGUUAAAACAAUGUGCUAGGCUUCUCGCCAUUUGAGUUCUGAUUUUCGACAACCGACCUAAAGAAACGAUGGUAGUAACUCGACAAUCGAAUCACCGCGACUCGGGUGAAACAGCGGAAGAAAACACACUGGGCACUAUUCCAGAAGGACUCAGAAUACCAACCCAACCGCAACCGCAGAUGCCUUUUGUUUUUCAUCCUCCGAAUCCAAUGACCACCGGCGAAGAAUUCGACAUUGCUGAAGAUACUGAUUCAGUGCGCUGUGAGAGCGAAACAAAAGACACCGUCAGCGAGGUUACCACCACAGCAAGACGGUCCGAGGACCCAUCCCCAUCGCGAGGUGGCACGGAGGUGGUGCGAUUGCUGGCCAGUCUGCACGACCUCAGUCGACAGAUGGAGGUCACGAUGGUGGACUUGCGCGCUCAGCUGGGCUCCCGAUUAGGAAACGAGUCGGCAGCAUGGGACUCUGGGGACUACACCGGGUUUGGUUCCUCCCUGCCUCACGACAGCGUGGCCAGGCAGAGACUGGCUCGGAUGAAGGGGAUGGUCAAGAAAACGUGGUCAGGCGUGGUUUCUCGGCUGCUGCUGGCGUGGCAGCUUCUCUGCUUGCGCUACCCAGCCGUGACCGUGCGGCUGGCCGAGAUGGUGCGACGUGUUCGACCGCUGCUGGUGCCGCUCGGCUAUCUCGUGCUGGCGAACGUCAUGUACGGCGCCUACCAGACGCACCGCCGCCUCGUGGAGCGACACAGACAGCGCGCCGCCUCCUGGCUCUAGCGGCACUGGGCCGAACUGAUGGUGUCGGCUCCGGAUCGGUGGCGGCGCUUUGCGUGUGUGGGCGCUGUCUUCACACACGUCCCAAUGCGAGGCCGUUGUGGCUGUCGUCUUGGUAUCUUGGUCUGUUCCCCACGAAUCCACGUAAAUUGCAGAUGCCGUUAUUUUUACUUCUUCCCUUCGAUCUGUGGGAUACCGACCAUCGUCCGUCGUUUCCGUGGCAGUCACGUUCUGUUUGCCGCCCAGCGGAAAUUGCAUUUCGUUAUGGUACGUUGUCCAUUGGUACCAGCAUCGAAUACUACGUCAGUGAUGCGA